UUAGCAUAGUACUGGUGCACCCCCUGUAAUCUCAGAUGCACCCCAAGGCAUUCUGUUCUGGAACCGGGCCUGCUUACAUGUUCAAACAGCUUUAUCGAGUCCUUCUCUUAGUCCGUGCUAUGGGGUGAAAAAACGGUGUGCACUAUCUGAAAAGCUGUGUUAUUUUGAUGUGACGUCUGGUUUCCCUCCUGAUGUGCUACACGACCUUCUUGAGGGUGUUGUUCCCCUAGAGCUGGCAUUGUCACUGAAUGCGUUCAUCAAGAACAAGUAUUUUUCCUUGGUGGAAUUCAAUGACUUAAUUGCUCAGUUCCCUUACAAGUGGACUGACCGAACAAAUCGCCCACAUUUGGUCACUGCUACUUUCGCUGCAAAAAGAUCAGUAGGAGGGAAUGCCCAUGAAAAUUGGUGCCUGCUGCGUCUUUUGGCUUUUUUGAUUGGGUUGAGAGUACCUGAGAGUGAUCCAGUAUGGCAGGUGCUAAUGGUUCUGAAGGACAUAGUGGAGCUAGUCAUGUCUCCAGCUCACACAGAGGAAAGUAUCUGUUACUUGGACACCAAGAUCGCCGAACACCGGCAAAGAUUUCUGGAUGUAUUCCCCCAAAACAAACUAAUUCCCAAACACCACUUCAUUGAGCAUUAUCCUGAGCUCAUAAGGGAAUUUGGACCAUUGUCUGCCUUGUGGACAAUGCACUUCGAAGCGAAGCACAGCUUUUCAAAAAAAAUUGUCCGACAGACUGGCUGUUUUAGGAACAUACUGUUGUCCCUCGCCAAAAAACACCAACUCAUGGUUGCACUGUGUCUCCAUGAGAACAGUGCAUUCAAACAAUCUGUGUCUGUUACCAAAACAUCACAAGUGUCAUUAGAUGUACUAAAUGCGGCCAUUAAAGACUUGGUGCUGCGCAAGUAUCCAAACAUCACAAUGGUCCAUGUCUCAAACAAGGUGGCCAUCUCAGGUACAAGCUAUGCGCCAGGAAUGUUGCUGUGUUAUGGUUUACCUGGAGGAUGCCUGACUUUGCUGAAGUUUCUCAGAUCAUCUUGGUUUUGGAUAGCAUAGUCUUUGUUGUCAAACUACUAAAUGGAUGGUACAAUGAGCACCUCAGGAGCUAUGAGCUAGAGUACACAGGCAACUUCCAAAUAAUUGAGCCGAAAUAACUACUUGAUUUCUAUGCCCUGGCUAUGUACACUAUUGCAGGACGACGAGUUGUUACCUUAAAACACCACAUCAACAACCCCUUUUAAAUAUGCAAUGGCAUUUUUUUUUUUUAAGGAUUUUCUCUUUUUCCUGUGUCUCCCUGCCUGCUCAGAUGUCCACCCCAGCAAAGCUACGGAUCUUUUUAGAUGAUCAUACAGUGCACAAAUUGCUUCUGCCAUCAGGUAUCCCCAGUAAUCUACAGGAUCUCAAGCUUGUCAUCCAGAGCACAUUCAGCACUCCAGAUGGCUUUACUCUGAUGUAUCAAGAUGUGGAGUUUGGGGGUCAGUUCUUCACAUUGACGUCUAUGGAAGAUGUGCAAGACAUGGGUACCCUGAAAGUUGUCCAAGUUGAAGCAGUCAUUUUAAAUCUCAGCGCUGUGGAAGAAGAAGAUGACAACUUACCAGAAUCAGACGUCAUGUCAUCCACAUCUUUAGCAUCCCAGGACACCGUUUUGCUUUCUUCAUCAUCUGAUGAAAGUCCUGCAUCAUACCGUUCCCGACCAUGGCCAAGACAGUUCGAUAUUUCACCAUUUUCCUUUGAAAUUCAGCUCUUGCUGGAGGCAGGAAACCGAGCUUACAACGCCAAUGGAACUCUCUUAAACAACCCAAAAGUGACAAGAAGCGUUCUCGAGAAAUUAGCUGAGAUAAUGUUUCAAUACACAGCUUACCCAACAGGAAUCCAAGUGAUGCACGUAUUUGAGGCCUUGGCUGAGAAGUAUCCAUGCCUCAAAGAGCCAGGCUCAUUCAAUGGCAUGUAUGGAUGGCAACAAAGAAUCAAGUAUAAAAUGGCCAAUUAUCGGGCAAAAGUAAGAGGGCUCCAAAUUGCCUGUCCAGAGCUAGAGGUGAACUCUUCAAGAAAGAUGACUUCCCGUCCCAAAGGCCUCAAAAGACCCAAAAAGGCUGAAGUAAAUUAUUUGCCGCCAUUGCCACAUGGAGAAACAAAAGAAACAAUGGAAGAAGAGAGGGUGGUUCUACUCACAGAAGUGAAAAAGACCAACAACAACAAGAUUAUCAGUGAGAAAAUGGAGAAGACCUUUCCAUAUCGGCGGUUGGAGGUUGUCAACCAGAUGCCUGCUGUCCCAGAUGUCAUGGAGAGAUGGCCUGCCCUUUUCUACGAAUCUCAGGUGAAGGAGGAGUUCAAGAGGAUCACAACUAUCAACCUGGACCGAACCUUUUUGACUAAGAUGGAUUUCUACUAGGGCCCGACCGAUUUAUCGGCCUGCCGAUUUAAUCGGCCGAUUAUAGCCUUUUUGAAAAUAAUCGGCAUCG